GUUUUGUGGUACAGGCUUCUUUUUUUCACUCUUCAAUAUAUUAACCUUUCCCCAAUCUUCUACCAUGCCAGUUUUAAUAUGAACCUGUGUAACUGUUCAAUGAUUUAUUUAACUGGCUUUCUAAAGUAAGACAUUUGGCUUGUUUCCAGUUUUCCUUUGCUACAAAGAACACAGUGGGGUUGAAAUUGGAAAUGGGGGUUAUGUGAACAGAGGAAAAAACAGCACUGGGAUCAAAUUAUUCACACUUUUAGCAUCUCUUUUUCUAAACUUUCUGUGUUGAUAAUUAUACUUCCUAGAACAUGAUUAUGAGUGCCUGCUUAGUAUUUGGUGGUAAGGAUUUACCCUAAAUAAUCUAACUUGUUUCCUAUCAUUGGACAUUGAGGUGGUUUCUAAUUUUUGACGAUUACACACCUGGCUGUGAUGAAUAUCCAAGAAGCUAAAUAAACCCGCUCUGGUGCUCGACACUGAGGUCAGUAGUCAUAUUUUCAAACCUCUGAAGCAUAAGGAACCUGCCAGUAGUUGUAACUGCAAACUGUUUGGCAAAGGCCCAGAAGACUGGCUCAGGCGAGAGGAUUGUGACCCAGGUGCUGGGCUUGCCCGGGGUCAGUACCCAUUUACCCAGCGCCCGUCACAGUGUUCAGCCUGACAGGGCCCUUUGGAACCACUGGGCUUGCAUCCUCCUCUCACACUAGAGGGAACCAAGGCGCCAGGAACCCAGGCACCGGGGUCAGAGAUGGUCUUUCAGCAGACCUCCCCCAGCACCCUGGCGCCCGGACUGGAAGCUGAGCUUUGAGAUCAGCAAUCUGACCUGGAAACCCCUGCAAAUGCUGCCUGCGCUCCCUUCUCAAACCACAGAUGGCUGAGGCUGGAGAGGGGAUUCAGUCAGGCACUUCUGCAAAUGUACUGCCCAGUAAAGGGGAGGGCGUGGAAAGAAGACUUGAGGUCCAACCCACAGGCAGCCAGACCAGCCCCACCCAGAUGCUCCAUUUCUCUCUAACCCGGGAGGUAUGCGUCAUAGUGGUCACCCCAUAUCCGGUCCACCUGGCCAAUCUAUUUGGGGUUUGAACCGAAAUAAAGUGAGUCUCACUUGCCUCAGUUGUCCCUUCUCAAUGGAAACCAACUUUGCUAUUGGUCUCCCUCCCCAGCACCUGACAACUUUCUGUGGUUUCUAAGGCACUUCCCUUGUUCCCUUCCCUCAGGCCUUGCUACCACCUGGGGAAUUCGCACAAAUGGUGUUCGAUUUGCCCCUUUUGUGUUUUCCUUUCUGACUUGGAGGUAAAGAACCGCCCUCCCCCCUGCCUAUUGACUCUGUUUAUUCAACUGGGAGAAAUUUCACACCCAGGAACACGGGUAUCCCUCCCCAAGCCCCUUUUCCUAAAUCUUCACACACACACACACACACACACACUGCUCCCCAGGUAUCUCAUCCUGGCAUGUCCCUGAAUAAUUUAUGAGUCCAGGCAGACCUUAUAAAAAGUUUGUCUCCCAGGAAAAGCCAGAAAAGUGCGGGACACUCAGAGGAAUCGCAGCCCCCACAGCCUGCCUGGCCUUUACACCCUAAGGAUGGACCCUCCUGCCCCCGCUGCUGCCACCCCUGCUCUGGCCCUGGCCUCAACUCCAGCCCUAGCACAGGACUCCCUGGCACUGCCCUACCUGGGAAACCCAUCGCCCCUUCUCUCCUCUGGACAAGAAGUAAAUAAACAUGAACGAGGAGCUUGUCUUUGGAGGCCCUGGCUGACCUCUACAAAUGACCUCCCCAGGCAGGCCCCCGGUAGGACAACAGGUGCCAAGGUCACGAAGGUUGACUUUGAGUUCCAUCACCCGGUCAGACUCUUCUGGCCUAAAUCCUGCUCCUUUGACUACCUGUACAGUGAUGGGGAGAUUUUACUGAAGAACUUCCCUGUCCAGGCAACCAUCAACCUCUAUGAGGACUCAACCAGUGAGGAGGAGGAGGAAGUGGAGGAAAGAGAAGAGGAGGAGAAAGAAGAAGCAGAUGGAAAGGGGCCAGAAGGGGAACAGAUGAGGAUGCAGCAUGCCUAUGCAGAGAACUGUCCUCUUCAGGGCUCUGAUUCCCCAACCAUUCAGGUGGCCAUGAAGUCCUGUCUUCCUGUGGUAAGCCUGACUUCUGGCUUCACCUCCACGGAUGCAACACCAACACCAGUUGGGGUGCCUUUCUGACGGACCUUGCAGGAAGGAAAGGGGACAUCUAAAACAUCAGUCUACUUUGGGGACCUCUUCCCUUUUGGUUGUUAUCUACUGGGGUCUGUAUUUUGGCAUGAGACGAAUCAGGAGAAAAAUAAACUAGA